AACAGAGAGGAAGAGAGAGAACAAAGUUUUUCUAGGGUUCCGCAUUUCUCUUGUAUUGUAAUAAAGCUGAAGUACUGAUAUCCUCAGCUAUUGUCUUCCUCAGUUGAUGGACUUCGAUGUCUCUUUUGCUGUAAAUAAUACUUCUCUCUUUCCGAGCAAGCAUGGGUUCUGAGGAACAAAGAAUAGGGACAGUAGCAGCUGGCAGACCAUAAAGGUGAUGAUCAUCGACUUUCCGAUCCAUCAAGCUAUCCCCAGAAGGCUCUAAUCCCCAAUUAUUUUCUUCACUCUUAAUUAAUCCACAAAUCCCUUUCAUUUUUCUCUGUCUCUACUCCAUUAGAGCACUUGGAGAAUCUAUGGAGGGGAUGAGCGGCGAGUCUGAGUGCUCGAAGACAAGUCCCUCCGAUGACCGAAAUGAGGAAGGAAGUGAGAGUGGAGAGAACCACGAUGGCGAAAUCAGUAAGCCCAAAAACAAUGGAGGAAGCUCAAGCAACAGCACGGUAGAAGAAAGUGAUCAGAAAAAGGGAUCGGUGCGACCCUAUGUUAGAUCCAAGAUGCCAAGGCUCAGGUGGACACCGGAUCUCCAUCUUCGCUUUGUUCACGCGGUGGAGAGGCUCGGAGGACAAGAUAGAGCUACACCAAAGAUGGUUCUUCAGCUUAUGAACAUCAAGGGGCUAAGUAUUGCACAUGUCAAGAGCCAUUUACAGAUGUAUAGAAGCAAGAAGAUCGACGAUGCAGGCCAAGUGAUAGCAGAUCAAGGACAUCAUCUUGCUGAAUGUGGAGAUAAAAAUAUAUACAACCUCAGCCAACUUCCCAUGCUUCAAGGAUACAACCGAAGCCACAUGAGUACCAGCUUCAGAUAUGGAUACGGUGAUGCCAAUUCUUGGAGUAAUAGUGCUUAUGAGAACUUGAGGCAUCCAAGAAUAUUUCAAGGCACAAUGACGGAGAAGCUCUUUGGUAGCAGUACUACAACUAGCAACUGGAAUAGUACUGCUUACAGCAAUUUCCGGACAAGCUCCGAACAAGUACCAACUUGGAUAACUCAUACACUCAAAGACGAAUGCAAUCAAUUGUAUAACAUUCGUCGACAGUCCUUGCAAGCACAUCAAACUAGGCAGAGUCUCAUUGAUCAUCUUAAUCCCACAACCCAUGUGCAACCCAAAGAGAAGGAUCACUUUACAAGUUUGAGCAGCACACCAACCAAUCUACAAGAGUUGAAGACGUUGAAAAGGAAGGCUUCGGAUUGCGAUCUUGAUUUAGAUCUGUCUCUCAGGCUAACAACGAAGAAGAAUGACGAGAGUCCGAGAAGUACUACUAUGAGGGACGAUGAAGUUGAUUGCACUAGUCUUUCUCUGUCAUUGUACUCACCGGCAUCGGCAAAAAUCAGAAGGGUGGAGGAAUAAAAUCAAUGAAGAAGAUAUAAGGAGCUUAAAUAUAUAUGCAGAGAGGCAGUUAACUGAGCAAGUACUCUGGAUCUGACUAUAUGAAUGGGACAGUAUUCUAAGUGAGAUAUUGAGGUACUUGCUCAAAAUUACAAUAUUAUGCCUUGUUAUUGCGAUUAAUUGUCCUAUAAAUGAACUAGUACUGUCAUAUAUACAAACUUCCUUCUUUCUUGUUCUUCUAUAUUGAAUGGCUGUGCCUUCUUUAGCAUGUUGUGCUGCCAUAUAUUGAACAAGAAUCAGUUGGAAUUUGGCAAAAAAUUUCUUACUAUUUAAUAUCCCAUGAUUGACAUA